ACAAGCCACCGUCCACGAGAAACCCUUGUUGGAACGAACGAAACCCUCUAGAUUUCCACCGGACAAGCCAACCGCUCACCAGCUUCAGGUCGGCAGUCCUCAGACCAUGGCGUAGGAGAUAUCGUGGUUGCACUAACGGUGCGCUGAGCCCUGCAUCGCUCACCUCGUCGCAUGGUUCGCCAUGGCGGACGUCGCCACGUGCGCAGCUCCGAUAGUUCACAACCCCUUGCACCAGCACAGCCAGGAGCAUCUAUCUCAGCAGCAGGGUGCAGCGGCGCUCGCGGAUCCCCGCAGAGGUCCCUUGACCCGCCGCCUGCUGGGCCUGGCGAUGCCUCUCCGCGCGGCCGCUAAGCGCGCCAUGCCGCCCGCCGACUCGACCAGGCGUCGCUGGGUCGUGGAAGUGCCUCUGUCCGCCGCUCUCCUCGUCGCAGCCCGCGAGUCGUCGGUGGCACUGGGUCGGUGCGUGGAGGACGCGUGGGCGGUCGUGCAGCGCGCCGUUGCUGACGUGGCCCGGCAGCAGGCCGCGUCGCAGGUGGUGCUGGUGCUGGUGGCCGUGGUGCCCUCGUCGGCCGCGGCUGCCCUCGGCGAGGGGAAGGCGGGGGAGGGCGAUGGGGGGGAGGGCGUGGAGGCGUGGGUGGUGCAGUGCAUGCUGCGACCGCUGGUGCAGCGAGCCACGCUCGCCAAGGUGCGGGCCAGCUUCCACGUGCAAAGAGCCGCGCUGGAAGGCGGAGCCGUCAGUUCACGGCCGCCACGUCAGCAGCAGCGUGUGCACGCCGUGUGUGCCGCUGCGCGCCACUUCGACGCCGCGCGCGUGUACCUGCCGUCCAACCUCUUCACCGCAUCCCACGCCACCGAAUCCGCCGCUGAAUCCGCAGAUUUCCAAUCGUCAUCUGAAGCAGAGUCGCCCCGCGCAGCCCUCGAGGUCCCCCCCUCGCCGGCGCUGAUCCGCGCGCUGCUUCCCGCGCAGUGCGCGCUCAUCAUGACCGCCACCGCGCGCCAUCAGCCCGGGGCAGCGGGAGGGGCAAUGGAUGUAGCGAGGAAUAGCCCGGAGGUCAGCAGCAGGGGGGCAGUCGGUGAUGGGGGAGGCAGGGGGGAGGGAGGUGGGGGCGGAGCAGCAAGCUCCCGCCAUGGCAGAGGCGGGCGGGACGGGGCGAUGGCGGUGGUAGCAGAUCUGUUCCCGUCGCUCGCUCGCACCACGGCAGGUGGUGGCGCUGGUGCUGCUGGUGCUGCUGCACCGGCGGCGUUGGCCGUGGAGAAUCGGGGGGUUCACGAGGAACGACUCGGAGCCCUUCGGCCCCCUGUGAUCGCAGCAGCGCGCCGACAGCAGCCGGCCGCAGAGGGGCAGGGGACGAGGCAGGGGCAGGCGGACGGGGUGGGCAGAGCAGCGGGGUCAGCGGGGGAGAUGGUUCUCGGGGAGCACAUGCGCAGGGCGCAGAACGUCGGGGGUGUGGUGGUGAGAGGCGGGGGCGGUGACAGGGUGGCGGCGGGGCCAGGUGGUGGCAGAGUGGCAGAGGCGGAGUGUGCGGGCGCGCAGUUGCAGUGGCACUCGCGUGACCCCGCCCUGCUGUUGCAGCGCGGGGGGGACAGAGCGGCGCACGACGGCAGCACUGCUCCUGGCCCUGUGCGGGAGCGGCUUGCGCACGGCCACGCGUGUGCGGACAGACGUUUCUCCGCCGUUGGCACGAGGAGCGGCCCGCUACCUGCCGUGCGCGCAUUAGAGAGUGGUGAUGGCGCCGGUGCGGGGCAGGUGCGGAGAUUAGGGGAAGCGGGGGGAUGGAGUUUCGGGGGAGGCGCUGGGGAGCAUUACGGGUCGGACAGGGGAGUGCGCCAGGCAGGCAGCGGGGGGCCGUCGACGGGGAGGCUGCCGGUGGCGGGUAGGCAGCUGCUGAGCGCCACGGCACACGGACGGCCGCAGCAGGGAGGGCAGCAGCUGCAGCACGGCGGGCAGCAGCGGCAGGAGCAAGGGGAGCGUGAGCGGUGGCAAGGCAUGUUGGCGGAAGUGGGCGGAGGGGCGUGGGCGGAAGCGGCGGAGGUGGGCUCGCAUCCGACGGGGUGGCUUCUUGGGGACGCGGCGGGUGUGCCCCCGUCCGUUCCGUCACGCGCACCGCUCUCGCCGAGCCCCGGCCACGCCAUGUCGUCGUCCCCCGCCAACGCCACUCCCCCCUGCCACUCCGCCUUCGUGCCCGCGAGCCACACCAUGCCGCUAGGCCAGCCCGUGCCCCCCGCCCGCACCAUCCCCUCCUCGCUCACCGCUCCCCCCGGUGCCCCCAUGCCCGCCCCCUGUGCUGCAGCCGCGCCCGCCGCCCCUUCGCAUGCCCCGCAGCGUGCACCGGUGCCGGGCUAUGGCGGCAGCAAUGCCGGGGAUGCCGGGGAGAGCUCGUCUGCGAAGCCGACGGCAGGAUCAUCAAGCGCUCGUUCCGCCGCGCCUUCUCCUGCCUCCUCACCGUCGCCCCUCACGCCUCCCCGCUCCCCCUGGUAUCUUCCCCGCGCUCCCCGCCUCCCCGCCGCCACGCCUCUCCCCGCCGCGCCUCCCCCGGCGGUCCAGGAGCGCCCCAAGGGCCGCCUGUUCCAGCGCCGGCAGCUCAAGCGCGCCGGCAGCGAGGGCUUCGCGCUCGAAGCCGCCGCUUCCGCUUCCCUGUCCGCCGCCUCCCCCGCCGCUCCCCCUUCCGCGCACAUCCCCCCCAUGCUCCCUGUCUCCCCCCCUCCUACCCACCACUUCUCCGCCUCAUACUCCGCUGCCGCCUCCCCAAUGCAUGCGCCACUCUCCCCGUGCCCCUCCGCGCCCGUGGGCGCGGCAGCUGGUGCGCUCAUAUGGGGCGGGGGAGUGUUUCCCCAUGGAGAGUGGGGCGGAGGAGGCGUGGCGGGGGUGACCGGCGGAGGGGGAAGCGGGGAGCGGGGGAAGGAGGAGCGGGAGAUGGCGGGGCGGCAGCUGGUAGUGCAGGCGCGGCAGGUGGGGCGGGGGCAGGGGGCAGCCGAGGGGCCAGCGGAGGAGGAGGAGAGGGAGGAGGGGGGGGCGGGGAAAGGGGCGGCGUGCGAGAGCGAGGUUGACGGCGAGCGCGCACGGGAGGCGGUGGCAGCGACGGCGGCGCGGCGGUGGCUGAUGGACGAGCUGGCGGCGCUGGGGGUGGACAGCGGGGAGGAGAGCGGGGCGGGGGAGGGGGAGGGCGGAAGGGAGAAGGGCGGGGGGAGGUGUGAGCGCGAGGGGGGCGCGCGAGUGAGCGGCAUGGAGAGACGCGUGGUCAGCCGACGGUCGCCCUCGCGAGAUGAAUGGUCGAACGAGGGUCACCCCAGUCGUCUAUCGCGCUCGUCGCUCUCCCUGCCGCGCCACUCCAUGCCAGUACCCGCCCAGCCCAACCCCGCACCACCCGCGCCCGCCGUCUCCUCCUUCUCGGGGCCUCUCCGCAUGGGCGCUGCUGCCGCUGCUGCUGCGGGCAGAGAGGGGGAGAUGGGGGAGGGUGGGGAUGGAAGGGGCAGCGAGCAGCAGCAGGCGAGAGCGCAGGUUGGUGGUGGUGGUGCGUCCAGCACACUGCUUCAACGACCGCCCUCCCCCGCGCCCUGGGUCCCCCGCCCCACCCCCUCGGCCCGCCGUAUCUCUCGCACAGGCAGCACCAACUCCUUCGCUGCGCGCCCCCCCCACGCCGCUGCUGGGGGGGCGCGGCCUGGAGAAACCACGGGGGCAAGCAUGGGGGAAAGCGUGGGCGGAGGCAUGGGGGGAAGAAAGGGCUUGAGCAUGAGCGGCAGCUGGAUCAAUCCGACCGUGCGCGCUGGCACAGGGCCGACGAUAGGGGGGAGGGGGGCGGCAGUGGCGGGGAGACAGGGGCAAGCGGGCAUGGAGGGGGUGAGACGGCCGGCAACAGGAGCAGGCAGCACGGGCAGCACGGGCAUCGUGGGCAGCCGCAGCAUGAGCAUGGAGAUGGCUCGGGCGCGGCUGUUGGCGAGCGAUGCGGCACUCACCGACGCCAUCCUCACUGGCGCGCGCAUGCCCGCCGCCGCCUCCCUGCGCUGCCAGCAGCGCGCGCAGCACGGCAGCAGCAUGAAUGGCGGCAGUGCCAUGGUGGGCAGCAGCUUGGGCGGCAGUCACAGCAUCAGCGUGGUGAUCGGGCGGCGCAGCCUCGACGGCGGCGGCAGCAGUGUGGUGCUGAGGAGACAGGGCAGUAUGGCGCUGAAAAGACUGGACAGCGCGGGGCAGGGCGGCACAGGGCAGGGCGGCACGGGGCAGGGCGGCACAGGGCAGGGCGGCACGGGGCAGGGCGGCACGGGGCAGGGCGGCACGCGGCAGGGUGGCACGCAACAGGGCAGUGUGGGGCUGAAGAGGCAGGGCAGCAUGGCGUCACUCAGACAGAGUGGCAGCAGCACGGGCAUGAGACCCGCAAGCAGCAGACACAGCACCAACCCCACCACCCCAACCACCCCCACUGCCCCAACCACCCCCACAAACCCCACCGCCGCCACCACUCCCACUACCCCAACCACCCCCAGCGGGGCCAGCAUGGCGUCAGCAGCAGGCAGCCCCCUCCAGAGCACCAACACCAGCGGCAGCGGCGGCGGCAGGAGCCCGGCGCGCAUGCCAGCGGGGCAGCGGUCGCGCUUUUUCUCGCCGGCGGACCUGGUGCGCGCCACCGACGGCUUCCAUUCGUCGCGACUGCUGGGGUCGGGCGCGUACGGGCCGGUGUUCCGCGGGUCCAUCCACGGCUGUGACGUCGCCGUGAAGCGGCUGAGGGACCGCGAGGGGCGCGGGCGCAGCGAGGGGCGCGAGGCGUUCAAGCGCGAGGUGCAGGUGCUGAGCCGCGUGCGCCACCCCCACGUGGUGCUGCUCAUGGGGUGCUGCCCGCAGGACCUCUCCCUCGUCUACGAGUUCAUGGCGGGGGGCAGCCUGCAGCAGAGGCUGGCGGCGCAGCACAAGAAGGGGGGGCAGGAGCAGGAGAAAGCAGCCAACAGCGGAGGCAAAUCGCCGUCCUACUCCUCCUCGUCCAGCCAGCAUUCCCCUCUCUCUGCCGCUUCCCCCUCCCAUCCCGCCUCCGCCCUGUCCCCCGCGCCCCCCCCUCUCCCCUGGCACCACCGCCUGCGCAUUCUCUCCGAGGUGGCGUCGGCGCUGCUGUACUUGCACCGCUGCUCGCCGCCCAUCGUGCACCGUGACUUAAAGCCUGACAACAUCCUGCUGGACGCGCAUGGCACCAGCAAGAUCGCGGACGUGGGGCUGGCAUGCCUGCUGCCGGACGGCAGCGACGUGGUCACCACGCACCGCAUGCGCGGCACGGUGGGGUUCAUUGACCCCGAGGCCAUUGCAUGUGGCGAGCUCUCCACUGCCUCCGACGUCUACGCGCUGGGCGUCGUGGCGCUCAUGCUGCUCACCGGCGCCUCCUCCCCCAAGCAGGUCCACCGCCUGCUUGCCCUCUGCCCCACCGUCUGCACCCCCGCACCCCCCUGCCCUGCCACUCCCACCGCCAGCGCCCUCCCCUCGGCGCCAACGCGCGACGUCCCCCAGGCGGUAGCCAUUCUCCUGCCGCACCUGGACCCCCUGGCGGGCACGUGGCCCGCUGACGUGGCAGAGCGCGUGGUGGGCGUGCUGGUGCGGUGCGUGGAGCGCGACGCGUGCAUGCGGGCGGACCUGGCGACGGAUGUGGUGCCCGUGCUGACUGAUGCGGCUGCGGCGGGCAAGGAGGACGUGACGCGGCGCAACGAUGCCAUGGAGAGCACGCUCAUGUGCCCGCUGUCCAAGCACCGCAUGCAGGACCCGGUGAUAGCGGCGGACGGCUUCACAUACGAGCGGCGCCACAUCGAGGCGUGGCUUGCCUCCUCGCAGCUGUCGCCCUCCACCGGGCAGCCUCUCGCGCACCCGGGCCUCACGCCCAACCACCUGCUGCGCACCAUCAUCCACGGCUCCAAGGGCUGACCUCGCACUUGGGGGGGCAACCUCCCCGAAUGCACGUUGGGCUCGCUUUGAGUGGAGUCGAAAGCAGGCUCCGAAUGAAGCACCUGCGGCGCGGCAGCACCAAGGGCAGCAAAGGGUGAACUUGACGUCCGCUUGGGGCUAAUGCUGUCAUGCUGUAGCGAAGCAGAGAAAAUGGGUGGAGCUUGGAGUGAAUGGACAUGGAGGGAUGUCCUUUUGUAGUCAAUGGUUUGGGUAAAACGCCUGGUGUUGAAUUCGUGGUUCGCAUGGCAAAGAUGAAAUCGCAUUUAGGGUAGAAUACGCGUUGUGCCAGUGCUUGAAUACUUGGCUGGGGUUGUAAUUAUUAUAUGUGGGCUGUUCUAUGUUUUGUC